AUGAUUCGAGCCCCGCUCCUCCUCCCCGCUUCCGCAAAUCCCACUCACGGCGGAAGCACCGCGACCGCAUUCACGAACGGACGCGCGCUUUUGCCAGCACCAGCCGCUGCUUCCGCUUCCGCGGUCGCCUGCGUGGACGCUUCCGCCGUUCCGCGCGCGACGCUGCUGCGGAAAUCGGACGCUGGGGUGAGCGGAGGCGGGUGCUGGGAAGGCAGGAAGGUGCGCGGUGGCGGGCGAGCGGGGCAGAUAGCGCGGAUAAGCGGGGGAUCUUCGGCGUUCCGAAAAGCCGCGGGCAGUGGAAUAAUUGGAAUGAUUGAUUUUGCUGAUGGUGCUGCUGCUGGUAAUAACUGGCUUAAAAGCAGGGGCUUCAAACGGGGUGAAAGAGGUGCUUUUUGCGGGGAAGAUGCUCGCAAUAGUUCAAAGGAGUCUUGGCGGUUUGACAAUACCAGCAGUGGUAGCAGGGGGCGUUCCUCCGUUACAGUCACAUGCUCUGCGGGAGGAUCGCCCUCGCCUGUAUCACCACCCGACACGUCAGACUCACCCCGUCAGAUCUCGAUCCUCUUUGCCGCCGGCGGCACGGGCGGCCACGUGUACCCUGCCAUCGCCAUCGCAGACGCCGUCAGAUCCCGCGAUCCAACGGCCGAGAUCAACUUUGUCGGAACCAGGGAGCGAAUGGAAUGGACGGCUGUCCCGCGUGCAGGCUACCGGAUCCAUCCAAUCCCAGCCGUCAGUAUCCGUCGGCCGCUCCUCACUACCCUCUCCAACCUCCUCGUACCGUUCCGUUUCCUCCGCGCGUUCUGCCUCUGCCUGCUCUUGAUCUGGCGAUUAAAGCCCGAUGUGGUAGUAGGCACAGGAGGGUACGUGUCCGCGCCGACUUGUCUAGCAGCCGCGAUCUGUCGCAUACCUCUCGUGUUACAAGAGCAGAACGCAUUCGCGGGGAUCGCCAACCGCCUGCUUGGCCGCUUCGCCAGCGUCGUUUUCGUCGCCUUCGCCGUCGCCCAGAGGUUCUUUCCAACCACGCGCUGCCACGUGGCAGGGAACCCCACGCGCGCGGUGCUGCGAUCUGUGAGGGAAAUGCGGGAAGAGAAGCGGGAAGAAGCGAUAAAUUACUUCUUCCCACGUGUCGGAGCUGACGCUGCUGCUGCAGCAGGAAGAGCAGCAGGAGGAGCAGCAGGAGGAGCAGCAGGAGGAGCAGCAGGAGGAGCAGCAGGAGGAGCGGGGCAGAGAGCACAUGUGGUGCUGGUGCUGGGGGGCUCGCUAGGAGCACAACCCAUCAACGCAGCCGUGGCAGGCGCGCUGCAGCGGCUGCUAGAUGGGCCCGGCGGUGUGGAGUGCGGUGUUGAGAGGCUGGACGGUGUGCAGAAUGGUGGGGAGGGGGGAGAGAGGGGCGGGCGGGGGGAGGUGCUGGUGAUAUGGCAGGCGGGGGCACGGCAUGUGGGGGAGAUGAGGGCUCUCCCCAUCGCCGCACAUCCCCGCGUCUCCCUCUUGCCGUUUGUGGAUGGCAUGGACUUGGCUUAUGCAGCAGCAGAUGUGGUGGUGGCACGUGCCGGUGCCGUCACGUGCUCUGAGCUGCUCGCCACUGCCACGCCCUGCAUUCUGAUCCCAUCACCACAUGUGGCAGAGGACCAUCAAACCGUGAAUGCACGAGCCAUGGUGCAAGCAGGGGCGGCUGUGAUGCUGCCUCAGGACCAGCUCUCCCCGGACACUCUCCUCUCUGCUGUCACCUCGCUGCUUGCGCAUGAAGCAAGGAGGGAGAAGCUGAAAGAGUGUGCAGGGGCUGCUGCCACUGCUGAUGCUGCUGAUGUCAUGGCCCAGGAGGUGCUUCGACUGGCGCUCCAGCUUCAGCAGCAGCAGCAGCAGCAGCAGAAAGCCCAAGGCUAA